AGCUGAGAGGCUGACGCAAAGCCGAAGACCUCGCUAGAGACCGGGUCCCAGAGCCGCUGGAGCCGCCUCGUACAGCGGGUUGCAUUGUUUAACCCGUCAACAGAGGCGGGGGUCCGGUUCUACCGUGUGAAAUGUGUGGAAUACCGUCCGAACCUGCUACUGGACUACAUCAAUCUGCUUGGAUUUAAUCACCGAGGAGGAAUCCGGACUUUAAGGGGAUUGAUGUAAUUUUUGGGAGGAAAGUAAACCGCUUUAAAAUGGCAACCGCAGCCCGCUCCCGGCGACCAUAGCCCGAGAGUCAGCUCGUCCUCUGCAGCUCCAUGUGUCCUCUCCGGUUCCUCUCACAGUCCAGCUGAGCUUCUCCCUCCCUCCUGCUCCGUCUCUGCUGAGGAGGCAUUAUGUCGGCGGCUCAGACCCAGAAGGAGAGCAGCGAGGCGGGCUGGGGCUGCCUGGAGGCUCUGGGUCUCAGUCAGAAGGAGCUGGUCCUGGCCGAGGCCCUGCAGAUGGAGUACGACGCCCUCUCCAGACUCAAACAGGACAAGAGCGGCACCGGGACCAGCCCCAGCCCGGGGCCUAGAGCUCAUAGCCAGACCCGCUCCAAAACCCCAAAUCCCACCAUGGAACGACCUCGACCCAUCCCGAGCCAACCCAUAGGAGGAGGCCUGCUGAGGGGCCUCUCUGGGUCGGACUCUUCCCUGAACCAGCCUGGAGGGUCACAGUCUCCUCCUUCCAUCCCAGCAAGGGUGCCCCCUCCUCAGGGGAGCUACAACAAAGAGUCCCCCUACAUUCUGGACAGUCCAGAGGCCAACAAGUUCAGAGAAGGCUCUGGUCCCAGCCUAGCGGAUUCUCAUGGAUCAGGGUCAGGGUUUUUCUCUAAAGGCUUCCCCACACUUCCAGACGACAUCCCCCCUGCCGUCCCCCCAAGAAACCCCCUCCCCCAGUCGUCAGGGUCUGAGAACCCCUUCCUGCCCUCUCGAGGGUCCACCAUGCCCCGCGAUGUGAACCUGUUCACCCCCGACGUGGAUCAGCCCAAAGUGACCUCAGGAGAGCUGAACUACGACAACAUCAACGACUCGCUGUCCCGACUUAACGAGAGCCGGCAGGGGCCCCGAGGUCGGAGGACCAACGGGGACCAAUCAGGGAAGCCCGUGGCUCGGAGUAAGACCCUCCCCCCUCAGGUCCCGCCCAGAACGUACGUACCUGUUCCCAAGAGCAACAAGAACCAGCGGAGGGUUUCUGCAGACCCGGUGUCUCUCGGAUCCAGGAUGAAUGGAUUUGGAUACGAACUGUUCCAAGUGUCUGAGGAGAGAGACGAGGAGGUGGCAGCUUUCUGUCACAUGCUGGAUGUUCUACGCUCGGCAUACCCGCACAGUGACAACUCAAAGAACGCCGGCUUCGUGUGGUCACCGUCAGUCGGCUUGGAGGAGCUGCAUCAGGGUCUGGGUGUCAGCGUGAAGGUCACGGUCAUCAGCGAGCACUUCAGAGAGCCACUCACCUUUACCUGUGAUGGUUCAUCCACGGUGGACCUGCUCAUCUAUCAGACUCUGUGUUACGCUCAGGACGAUCUGGAUCACCUGGACGUGGAUCACUACCUGCUGAAGGUCUGCGGACACGACGAGUUCCUCAACAACUCUCAGACUCUGGCUGGUCUUGAGUUUGUUCAGCAGUGUCUGAAGUUUGAUUGGGACGUCCGACUGUUUCUCACCAAGAGAUCGGCCAUCAACACAGAGCUGGAUCGCACGAAGGAAGACGAUGACACGUUAUCCACCAUGAACCACAGCAUCCUGCUGCAGGAGCGCCCCAUCAAACAGACCGUGACAAGGGAAGCUCUGACUCUGCUGCUUGAUACUUUUCAUAAUGAAGCCGAGUCCUUCCUGCUGUCAGAGGCGGAGCUGCCUCUGCACGUGGAGCGCCUUGUCCAAUCAGUGAAGGCGCUCUGCACCUCGUUAGCUGCUGUGGAAACACCUGACGUGACCUCCGCCCUCAGCCAGCUCCCAGCAUGCCCUUGUCGUCUGCAGCCCAAAGUCCUCAAGGAUGCUUCAGUGCUGGCCAUCAGAGAAAACAGAGAGAAAGUAGUGGAGAAGUUGACGGCGACCAUCUUGGAUCUGGUGGAGCUGUACUGCAGCACAUUCAACGCCAACUUCCACACCACGCCGCAGAGUCAGAGCUGCACGGCGCCCGUUCAGGAGGCCGGCCUCGUCAACAACGUGCUCUCCUUCAACGUGUAUGCAGCUCACCGCAUCCCCAUCACCUGGGCCGCCAGUUACGAGGGUUUCUUCCUGUCCUGCUCUCUGACUCACGGAGGGGCGGAGCUCUGCGCGCCGCAGCACACCAGCAAACAGUCGGUCAGCAAAUACCUGUUCCACCUGGUGAUGUGGGACCAGAGAGUGUGUUUCCCAGUGCAGAUCAACCAGCUGCCCCGGGAGUCCCAGCUGACAGUGACGCUGUAUGCCAGCUCUCUGCCGCCCCCCGGAGGAGCGGAGGAGAAGGGGAAGCAGCGGCGCAGCAUCGAGGCUCUGGGCUGGGUCACCAUGCCACUCUUCAACUUCAGACACGUCCUGACGUGUGGCAGGAAGCUGCUGGGCUUGUGGCCUUCAACUCCAGGGAACGGGAACGCCCGGACGAGCUCGCCAAACUUCAGCCAGCCGGACAGCGUGAUCCUGCAGGUGGACUUUCCCACCUCGUCGUUCGAGGUCCGGUUCAGCACUCCUCCUCCUGCAGACUUCUGUCCUCAGUACGACUUCUCCAGACUGGACACCAUCAGUCAGAUCCAGCUGCAGGACGUCCUCCACAAGAAGGCCUUCUUCUGGUUGACAACGGAGGACAAGCGUCUGCUGUGGGAAAAGAAGGCUUUUUGUCAGGCGGAGAGUGCAGCGCUGCCUCUGGUUCUGGCCAGCGCCCCCUGCUGGCAGUGGGCCUGUCUACCCGACAUCUACGCCCUGCUCAAACAGUGGGCCUGUCUGAGUCACCUGGACGCACUGGGACUCCUCCAUGCCACGUUCCCAGACCAGGAGCUGAGGAGGACAGCAGUUCAGUGGAUGGACUCGAUCUCAGACCCUGAGCUGCUUGACUUCCUGCCUCAGCUCGUCCAGGCCCUGAAGUACGAGUGUUACCUGGACAGCUCUCUGGUCCGUUUCCUCCUACGGAGAGCCAUCGGGGACGUCCGCAUCGCUCACUACCUCUUCUGGCUGCUGAAGGACAACCUGCAGGACAGCCAGUUCAGCGCUCGCUACCAGCACCUGCUUGCCGCUCUGCUCUGCUGCGUCGGACGAGGUCUUCGUGAAGAGUUUGACCGCCAGUGCUGGCUCGUCUCCGUCCUCACUAAGGUGGCUCACAAAGUCCGAGACGCCACGCCGUCCAGCAGACAGACCGUCCUCAGAGACGGUCUGGAGGAGAUGAAGCAGUUCUUCACAGUGAACAGCAGCUGCAGACUUCCUCUGAACCCAGCGCUCCUCGUCACAGGAAUCAAAAUCCAGUCGUGUUCCUUCUUCAACUCCAACGCCGUCCCUCUCAAACUGUCCUUCCAAAACCUUGACCCUCUGGGAGACAACAUCAGCGUCAUCUUCAAGUCAGGAGACGACCUGCGGCAGGACAUGCUGACUCUGCAGGUGAUCCGGAUCAUGAACAAGAUCUGGAUCCAGGAGGGUCUGGACAUGAGGAUGGUCAUCUUCAAGUGUUUCUCCACGGGCAGAGGACGAGGCAUGGUAGAGAUGAUCCCUCAGGCCGACACUCUGAGAAAGAUCCAGGUGGAACACGGAGUCACGGGGUCGUUUAAGGACCGGCCGCUGGCUGACUGGCUGCAGAAACACAACCCUACUGACGAGCAGUACGACAAGGCGGUGGAGAACUUCAUCUACUCGUGUGCCGGCUGCUGCGUCGCGACCUACAUCCUGGGAAUCUGUGACCGCCACAAUGACAACAUCAUGCUGAAGACCAGCGGUCACAUGUUCCACAUCGACUUCGGGAAGUUCCUGGGACACGCACAGAUGUUUGGAAACAUCAAACGAGACCGCGCCCCCUUCGUGUUCACUUCUGACAUGGCGUACGUCAUCAACGGAGGAGACAAACCAUCCAGCCGCUUCCACGACUUUGUGGACCUGUGCUGUGAGGCGUACAACAUGAUCAGGAAACACGCACACCUGUUCCUCAACCUGCUGGGCCUGAUGUUGUCCUGUGGGAUCCCUGAACUAUCUGAUCUGGAUGAUCUGAAGUACGUGUACGAUGCGCUAAGACCUCAUGAGUCUGAAGCCGAUGCCACCAUGUACUUCACCAGGUUGAUUGAGUCCAGCCUCGGCAGUGUUGCCACCAAACUCAACUUCUUCAUCCACAAUCUGGCUCAGAUGAAGUUCGCCUCGUCGGAGGAUCGGCCCACGCUGUCGUUUGCUCCUAGACUCCAUACGGCGAAGAGCGACGGCGUCAUCAGGAACCUCUACAUCUGCAGACACAUCCGCACCGCCAACCCGAGCAAAGGAUACGCUUUUGUUGUGAAGGUGGAGCGUGAGGGGCUACAAGAAGUGCAGCUGGUUCAGAGGACGUUUGAAGAGUUUCAUGAACUUCACAGCAAACUGAGACUCGUCUUCCCUUCAUCUAAACUCCCCAGUUUCCCAAGCCGAUUUGUGAUUGGUCGGUCCCGUGGCGAGGCUACAGCUGAUAGGAGGAAAGACGAGCUGAACGGAUAUGUGUGGCAUCUGAUCCAUGCCGCCCCGGAGGUUGCUCAGUCUGACCUCGUCUACUCCUUCUUCCACCCGCUGCCCCGAGAUGAAAGACCAGGAACUACACCCAGCAAACCAGCAGAGGUGACAUGGACUCCAGUUUCAGGGAAAGAGCUCGGGGAGGUCAAACUGUCCAUCUCCUACAAGAACGACAAACUCUUCAUCAUGGUCAUGCACAUACGAGGACUGCAGCCCCUGCAGGACGGCACAGACCCGGAUCCCUACGUGAAGCUGUACCUCCUCCCGGACCCCCAGAAGACUAGCAAGAGGAAGACCAAGGCGGCACGACGCACCUGUAACCCCACCUACAAUGAGAUGCUGGUGUAUGAGCGGAUCCCCCGGGGGGACUUGGACCAGAGGGUGAUCCACCUGCGUGUUCUGGGCGACGGGGCGUUCUGGGAGAACACUCUGCUAGGAGAGACCUUCAUUCCUCUGAAGAGGCUGGUCCCGGGUCAGCACUGGGUGGACUGGCACAAGCUGGUUGCUGCCAGCUCUGACUCCGCCCACUGAGUGACAGGGAAGAUGAAGUGGUGGAGAAGAAGAAGAGAGCUGGUUCACCAGGACAGAAGAAAAAAAAGGAAAGUCCUUUCAAAGUAAAAGCCAUGUGGCUGAUCCUUCCUCUGUGUUUGAGGGAGUUUAGGUUUAGAGUCCAGUUAAGAGCUGUGGUUUAACCUCACUGACGACAUCAGGAUAAUAUUUCUGUUUAUUUUUUGAAUGUUUGUUUUAUUUUAAACUUGGACAGAAAUGUGGAAUUCUUAGUAAUUUAUUGGAUUAAAUAAAAAAACUAAUUUAAGAGGUUUUUGUGAACUAGGCAGAUUUAUUUACACAAUCAGGUCCUUUAGCAAACUUUGUAAUAAAAUAAUUUUAAAUUUUAACAAAUUAAACUAAAUAGUUAGCUCUUAUGUUAACUUUGGCUCAAAUUAACAAAAAAUUGUGGACAAAAAAAAUGGAAAUAUAACAUUAUUGUAACAGUUUAACUCUGGAUGGUCCAGUCUAGUGUCAGCAGGUCUCAGAGUUCAUAAUUUUAAAGGAGUUUUCUUUUGUGUGAAAAUGUUGAAACUGAUAUGGUUAUGAACUGUGGAUUCACUCUGAUUCAAGCUUUCAUUAUGAAGAGAAGACAAAAAUGAACGAGUUUCCUGUCUAGAUUCCCUGUGUUCUGUCUCCUGAUGAAGUGACUUCUGUUUUAGGAUCAUUUCCACUGACCUAAGUUCAGAUUUAAUUUCUGAAGUUUUUUUCUUGCUGUCGGCUCAUUUCUCAGACGUGAACGUUGUAAAUGUGAACUCUGGAAUCAUGUCAUUCAAAGAGAGAAGGAAAGGAUCAGAAGGUUACAUUUAAUUUAAUUGAGAUAACAUUUCAAUUACUUCACAUUUCACAAUUCUUCAGCCAGCACCAUUGACUGUGUAUAAAGAUGGACAGCACCUCCUCUUGUACAAAAGUGAAGCCAAAUUAACGAGCUGUUGUAUAGACGUCACACCCCCUCCUCUAACAAACCCACAUUACCUUGUUGCUAAAGCAUGGUUGCUCCCUCUGGUGGGUCCAGUCCUUAGUUGGGUCUAGUCCACGACUGAACAGAUUAGUGUGUAGGUUUGAAGCAGAUACUCACGGUUAUGGAAAGUUAAAUGACUCUUGUGUUAGUGUUUGUUACGUUUCCUCUCACAGUUCCUCCUCUACUCUGAUAAUCUGGUGCACACAGCGCUGCAGGAGCCUCAUUGGUCAACAGAGCUGUCAAUCAUGGUGUUGAUAAUGGAAGACGGUUUAAGCCACUUCAUUUUUUUUAAGUCCUACCCUUUUUUUCUCAGAAUUGUACCUUCAAGAUCAAAGCCGUAAUUCUAGAAUUCUACCUUUAAGAUCAAAGACAACAUUCUAAAGUUCUGCCUUUAGAUCAAAGACAAAAUUAUAGAAUUCUACCUUUGAUCUCAGAAUUCCAAGAGAAAAGUCAAAACUCUGAAGAAAAGUUAGAUCUAAAAAUUUAAUCUAAUUUGCCCCUCGCUUCUUUCCUACUUUAUAUCUCUUUUUAUAGCAUCAAGUAACUAAUUCAAAGUAAUCUAAUCAGAAACAUGAACACUGUGACAUAAAGCAGCAUGAUAAGAACUAACUAUAAUGACAGAAACCAUGUUUGACAAACAUUUAUUUGACCUGUAUUUGGAUUUUAGAGUUUGACCCAUGUCCCAUCUGUUAACAUGGAGGAGGCAGGGUUUAUGAGUCAGUAGGGGGACCCCCAUAUGCUCUGGCUUCACUUUGAGGAGGAGCUUUUAACCCAUCCAUCAUUUUAUCCAGCUGCAUUCCGGGAAAUAGAAGCUUUUAUCUGCUGAAGGAAAAGUAAGAAGCACAUUUACGACUCAGACGUCAUUUCACAUUUUCCUCAGUUUUUUAAUUCAAAUGAUGUUUUUAAAUUUCUUUGAAGCAGUCAGAAAUGAUCAAUCAGUGUGAAUCGUUUUUAAGGAUUUUCCUGGAUUUUGAAGCUGCAUUGAAAGAUUUCCAAGAAACAUAUUUUGCAGCUUUAUGUGAGCUGAAAAUAAAACCUGUGGUCGGUUUGUGAUGGUUUGUGCUGUGAUGCAAACAAACGGGCCUUGUUGAGUUUUCGGCGCAAACCAACGGUGACUAUAAGAGUUUAAACUUUGUGAGCUGCAGUGUUUCUGUGUACAGAGCUUUAGCCUAAAUGUUGCUAAUAGAGAGUAGCUGAAGGGAAGCAAGUGUACAGAGCGGAGGCGGUAUGCAGGAUAUUUUUAUAGUGAGGGUGUGUGGAUUUGAUUUUCUAUCUGUGGUGCAUGAGAGCUUCUUACAGCCUGCAGGAGGCGCUGCUGCUCACUUUGCCUUCCAGCUCUUUGCCGCACUCUGACUUCUGUUCCGACAUUUCAUUCCUGUUUCUUUUUAUUUUAUUCUCUUUGUGCGUGAAUUUUGUACUUUUUGAGAAAGACUUUGUGGUCGUUUUUAAUCUGCCUCUGUGGGUUUCUAAAGACCCAGGCUGCAGUGAUUACUGAAGGGGACAGAGUGAUUUCCUGCAGGUUGUUUCUGCGCUGUAGACAAAGAGAGGGGCUAAAACUGCAGGAAACAAACUCGUCCAUCUGAUCCACUCAACACUCUUCUCCCAAACGUCAAACAUGUCUAAAAAUGCUAAAACAAACUCAGAUUGAUCUCAAGUCUGUGAAAACAAGAGGUGUAAAUGUUUGCUGAGUAGUUCCUGAUUCAGCAUGGAAUUUUUUUGAGACGCAGUGUAGAAAAAGAAGAAAUCAUUUCAUCCAGUGCACACAGUUCUCCUCAACCUGAAUGAAAAAUAUUAAACUUGUGUAUUUAAAGACCUCACUGCCAUCUGUCUUUCAAACUGCAGUUUUUUGAUGAGUUUGGUGAAAUCUGAAGCGAUGAUUCCGCUGCAGUCUAAACAAAAACUUGAAAUCAAUCAUGUUGAUCUGACGGAGGAGAGGGUUGUUCAGAGAGGGUGGAGGAGUUUGAGCCCCGGGAAGAGAAUGUAAGUUCAAAAUGAACUGAACCUUUAUGUACUGUACAUACUGACCUUCAUGAAAAUGUGAUUCUGACCAACCGCUCUGACUUACAGGCUCUUAUUAACGUGUAACUUUCAUUUUGAAACAUGUUUUGUAUUAUUUGCACUACAAAAUAAACUUGAACUGAAAAACAAA